AUGCCUUGUCUGUGCAGCAUCGCACCGCUCCCAGGAUCACAUUGCAGCAUCGUGAUCAUUCUGUACCCCGGCGAUUUGUUGAAGGCAUCGGGGCAGAAGAUCAGGACAUCGAUCAGGCACGCCGACCCGCAGACAGUGAAGGAAUGGCACCGCGACGAGGCGAUCCGCGUGCUGAAGUUUUUCCGGGAGGCGGUUCUGGCCGAGCUGCGGCGCGAUGGUAGGAAAUGGGAGUGGGCGAAGCCGUCCGAAGAAGAGGUGCAGGAGAGGCUCGCCGACUGCGAUCGCCCCCUUCGAGAUAAAGUGGCCAACGCCGUCCGGGACGGGGACGCUGGCUUCGGUCUGCUAGCAAUGAGCGCGCUGCUUUGGGCUGUGAGGCGGAUGGAUCUCCUGACAGGCGGCCUUCGUCGCAGUGUCACCAGCAUGGACAAGGUCAACGUUUCGGGGUUGAAGAAGCUGCGGACUGAUAUGGUGGCCUGGAUGAAGAAGCUAGUAGCGCGCAAACGGGCGGGCCAGGUCGGAGUUGCUGCCGACGCCUGUGACGACGACGGCGAGGAGGUCCAUUCGGCAUUCCAAGCAGUCGGUGUCGCCCGCACCGUCGCUGAUGCGCAUGGGACCACGAUAGGAAAGCCGGGAGGCGGCGUCGACGAGGAUGAUGCGGAGGCUGGAAAGGGGGUAACUGGUACCGAGGAGAAGCACCAGGACGAGGAUCGUGAUGAGGAUCGUGAGGAGGAGGGGGGCUCGGAGGAGGAUCGUGAGGAGGGUCGUUUGGAGUCGGAGUCGGAGUCGGAAGGGGAGGAGGAGGAAGAGGAGCAGGAGAAGCAGGAGGAGGUGGAGCAUAAAGAGCAGGAGCAGGAGAAGCAGUUAGAGGGGGAGCAGGAGGAAGAGGUGGAGUUGGAGGUGGAGGAACAGGAGGAAGAACUGGAGGUGGAGUCUGUAGCUGCUGGAGCGGCAGAAACGGGUGAAAGGUCGGCAGACGUUGAGAACGAGGAAGGGGAGGGGAAGGGUGCGAUGUCAGCGGAUCUCGAAAAGGAGAAAGAGGAGGUCGGCGUGGAGGCGGCUCACGGGGGGAGUGGGAAUGUCGUGGUCGGCGAUCGGGAGGGAGGUGUAAACCUGGAGGCCGUAGAAGAAGGGGAUAACGCCGCGGCCACGAAGCAGACGGGCGUGGAAGUGACUCACGGGGGGGAGCGGUCUAGGAGGAAGAAGGCGGCGAGCGGUCACCCCGGUUCCACCGCAGCUGGUCGGCAGGCGCGGCUGGACAUCGUCGAGCAGCUGCGAGAGGAGAACAGGCGACUGCGGGCCGACAAUGCACGACUGGAACGGCGGCUCGGUGAACAGACGGGACGGGUCGACAGCUUGGCGUCGGCGUUAGCUGGAAUCCUCGACAAGCUCAAGGCUUUGACCGCUCAGGUAGCCGACACCGACCGGAACUUGGCGAAGCGCCUCGAGGACGCCACGUCGACCAUGGCGACGACCAUCACCGACGACCUCACCGACAACAUGGCCAGCGCGGUUGAAGCUGGCAAGUCCUUUGCCGAACUUGCGGCCAAGAUUCUGCGGGAUCUUGACGACCCCAACGGAAGAAUGGCGGUCGAACGCGCGACCGAGGCGAACGCAUUGGCCGAGCACGUGACGAAUGCGGUGGGUGAUGCGAGGAAGUUUUUGAAGGAGACAGUCAUUAAAUACAUCGACGCCGCGCAGACCAACAUUGCAGCCGCCGUCGCACCCCGCCUCGUCAUGCAGCAGCAGCCGCCGCCUAUCGCCCCAGCGCAGGCCUUGCCGGAAGAGUUACUGAAGUCCUUCAAGGAGGAUGUGCUGAAGGUGGUGACGGAGGCGACGCAGCAGUCGUUUCUCGCCUCCGGAUUGAGGAUAAUGACCGAGGUGGUCGGCACGGUGGCGCUUGAUCGGCGUGGGUCGUCGCCGUCGGCGAACGACGCCGGCCAACCGCAUCCAAAGGAGGCCCAGAAGCAUGGUCAGAAGAGAGGGGGCGGCGGAGGCGGGGGAGACGGAGAAGACGCCACGAGCGUGAAGCGUAGCAAGGGAGCUGGUGGGUCCCGCGUGGCCGGCGAAGGCAGCAAGGGAGCUGGUGGGUCCCGCGUGGCCGGCGAAGGCAGCAAGGGAGCUGGUGGGUCCCGCGUCCCCGGCGAAGGCAGCAAGGGAGCUGGGGACGCUGGAGCUGGAGACAGCUCGGCAAAGCAACCUACGACCGUGGUCGACAUCCUGAAGAGGCACUGGGCUACUGUGGGAUCGCCCAGCACGGGCCAUGGAGAAGGGAGUGCAGCUGGGGGUCCCGCCGACCAGAACACCGCCGUGCCAAGUGCUCCGACUUUGGUCGCCGAGAAGCCACGAGCUCAUGUGAGCGGAGGGAAGGGGUUGAGCGAUAAGGAAACCCCCGCCGCCAAAACGGCCCCAGUCGUUAACGGGCCGAAUGCCAAGAUAGCGGAGGCGACAGCGGUUCCUAAACAGCCUCCCGCGGGUGCACGUCAUCCGACCGGCGCGUCUGCCGACGUCCCGUCUGCCGACAAGGAUAGCCGCGCGGGGAAAGGGGCGGCCGCUGCGAACGCACUCAAGGACCAGCUCAGGCUCCUUGCGGGCCACAGGGCUGCUCAACAGCCUCCCCCCCCUGUCGACGUGCCAUCUGCCAGUGUGCCACGUGUAGCGCCGGCCGUCGCCGCCCGUACUCCUGCAGACCCUAAGUCCGCUUUGCUGCGCAAACAGUUGAGCACACGAGGGUCGACUGCGCCAACUCGGCAGGGUUUAGGGUCUAACGCGACGCCGACAUCGGGGAAUGUCGCAGCACCCACUCCCGUGGCGGCUGAUGUCGAGAAAGCGGCGGAGAAGGGUGUGCGUGCCGCGCUUGCCACAGGCAGCAGCCCAGUUGAGGAGGUCGCCCCCGACGCGGAUAUCGCCGCCAUACAGGCCCAACUGGAUGCAGCCAAACCUCGGACACUGGCCAUUUAG